UUGAGGAAAUGGCUUCAUCGGUUUCCGAGGCUGAUUGGUGCACAGCCAGAAAGGGAAUAUCUCUUCUGUUAAAUAAUAAAACUAAAGAGGCCGAGGCCUUAUUUUCUCAACAUCCAUGUAGCUUUCACAUCAAAGCCGGUCGAAGUUUUCUAUUAUUUAUGAAUGCGCUCAUGACUUUCGAGGAUGAUAAACUUCAACAGGCCGUACAAGUACUACGAGACAUGGAAAGGGAAUGUGCCGGCGACAUUGGAUGGCUCAAGUCAAUGAGGAACAGAGUUUUUGGGUCCGAUUUCACCGACAGCGACUACGUGAGGAAACUGGAGCGCCAGGUGGUACUCGCGGACUCGCAGGUUUGCGCCGCUCUGCUUACGCUUCUCCAGCAGGAGUUGAGCGGCUACGUGAGGGGCGGCUGGAUACUGAGGAAGGCCUGGAGAGUCUAUCAGCACACAUACAACCAAAUACUCGAGCUCUACAGACGCACCUUUGGCAGCAAUCCCUCCGGCUUCCACUCGAUGUACGGCACCCCGGAUGCGAACGACGGCACCUCGAGCCAGCAGCUGAGUCCCGCGAGUCCGUCGUCCGACUGGUCGAUACCUUCCUACGACGGCCCCUCGACGACCUCUUUGUCAUCGUCGAUGCCCUCGCCGUCAGGUUUGCGCAGCUCUCUGUCAAUGCUCUUCUCGCUCGCUGGAAUCACAUCGGAGCAACAGACACCCUUUGUCGAACCGUCCGAAGUUACGAGGCUAAUGUCGGCCGUUAGCUUCGGCUAUGGAAUAUUUCAGCUGUCCGUCAGUCUAUUGCCACCAUCUUUACUCAAACUAAUCCAUUUUUUGGGCUUCGAGGGAGACAGACACGCCGGUCUUACAGCACUGAUGUAUUCGAGAUUGAGCGAGGACAUGCGAGCUCCUCUUGCCACAUUAUCACUAUUAUGGUAUCAUACUAUUGCAAGACCAUUUUUUGCUAUCGAUGGCUCAAAUGUCAAGGCUGGCGUCGAUGCAGCUAAGGAAUUAAUUGCAGAAUGCAGUCCUGAAUUUGAAAAUUCAGCCCUAUUUUUGUUCUUUGUGGGCAGAAUCGAACGUCUCCAGUCGAAUGUCAGCCGUGCACUAAGGGCAUACAAGAAAGCAGUGGAAUUGUCGACGCAAAGAGAAGUGACAUUGCUAUGUUUGCACGAGGUUGCCUGGUGCCACUUGAUUCACCUUAAUUACAAAGAUGCUCAAAGCUCCUUAACUACAUUGCAGGAAGAAUCUCGUUGGUCCAAGAGUUUCUAUGCUUAUCUUGCCACUGUCUGUUCGGGAGCAGAAGGCGAUUUGGACAUUUUGCUGCUAACGUAUAAAAAGCUUUUAAUUUUUAUGGAGGGUACAAUGAAGGAAACGCAGCUUGGCUUAUUUAUUUCCAAGCGAGCGCCAAAACUCAUUAAUGAAGAAAACGGAUGCGCAUACAGUCCGACAUAUUAUAAAUUUCUCAUUUAUGAGCUACUUUAUCUUUGGAACGCAUUACCCUCUUGUUCUAAUGAAUCACUUAACAGUAUUUUACUUGAAUGCAAAAAUAGUUAUUUCGAAGAGCCAAUGGAUGGCUUGUCAGAUUUAAUCGAAGGAAUCUCUUAUUCUUACCUUAGAGAUAAAGAGGCUGCAGCGAGAUGCUAUCGUAAUUGUUUAAAACGACGAUUACCAUCCAAAGAUAACGAGGAUCGACAUAUUAGUGCAUUCGCACUUUAUGAACUUGGCAAUAUAUUGUACAUUCAAAGUAAUAUUGAGGAAGGGAGAUGCGUACUGCAAAGGGCACUGUCACAAUAUAAAGAUUAUGAUUUCGAAAGUCGUUUAACCGUUCGAAUUCACGCAGCUUUGAAAAAAGUAUCUUAAGAGAGUGAAAGAAAGAAGAUAAUAAACAUUAGGAUACUCUUGUUUUAUAAAUGCACGUUACAAGGAAAGCCGAUAUUCAUUAUUGUACAGUCAU